GGUCGACCAGGACCAAUUGGACUUCAAGGACCGAUAGGUGCACCUGGAUUUACUGGCCCAGAAGGUUUGCCGGGAGCAAAAGGUGAGAGAGGAGCAGUGGGCCCCCCUGGACCAGCUGGACAGAAAGGCGACAAGGGCCCAAUGGGAGUUCCAGGAUUUCAAGGCAUCAACGGGAUCCCAGGUCACCCUGGGCAAUCUGGACCUAGAGGUCUGCCUGGCCUUGAUGGCUGCAAUGGUACCACUGGGAGUCCUGGCGUUUCUGGAUCAGAUGGAUUUCCUGGACUACCUGGGCUGCCUGGUCAUCCUGGCCCAAAAGGCCUUAAAGGAGAACCUGUUUUUGCUCAAGGCAGUCUUAAAGGAAUGAAGGGAGAAAAUGGUCUUCCUGGAUUGGAUGGAAUUUCUGGCCCAAAAGGUUUUCCAGGUCCAAUAGGUUCUGCAGGCCCUAUAGGAUUACCAGGUUUGCAGGGUCCGAUGGGUCCCCCUGGGCCACCAGGUCCAAAAGGUAACAUGGGAUUAGGCUUUCAAGGAGAGAAAGGAGAAAAGGGCGAUGUAGGGCUGCCUGGCCCUCCAGGUCCCCCACCAUCCACUGGAAUACUGGAAUUCAUGGGAUUUCCAAAAGGGAAGCAAGGAGAAAAGGGCGAGCCAGGCCCUCAAGGACACCCUGGAGACAAAGGAUUGCCUGGCAUGCCGGGCUUUGGAGGUGUUGGAGAAAAAGGAGAAAAAGGUGUGCCUGGCUUACCGGGUGGCCGGGGCCUUUUGGGACUGGAUGGAUCUGAUGGGAUUCCAGGGAGAAAGGGUCAUCCAGGUGUUCCAGGCUAUUCAGGACUGGAUGGAGUCCAAGGCAUGAAGGGUGAAUUAGGUGACAUCGGUCCCCCAGGCCCUCCUAUUGUUAUUGACAGGGAAGGUGUAGUCAUUUCAGGUGCCCCAGGUGACCCUGGAAAUCCAGGAAUACCUGGCCCUCCAGGAGAUGAAGGGAUCAGUGGUUUACCAGGUCUUCCAGGAGCUCCAGGAUUUCCAGGCCUGAAGAGAGACGGAAUGGGCCCUGGAGGGUCUCCAGGUAUUCCAGGUGUGAAGGGUGAAGUGGGAGAACCAGGAAGAGCAACGAUUGGAUUACCAGGCACUCCUGGCAGAAGUGGUUUACCUGGUCUGCCAGGAGCACCAGGAUUGCCUGGUUCCACACGCCCUUCCUUCCCCCCAGACACAAUCCUGGAUGGAAGAACUGGGGCCCCAGGGGAGCCUGGACAAAGAGGGCUGCCGGGAGCUUUGGGUCCAAAGGGGUCCAAAGGAGAGGCAGGUGAUUGUGCUUGUGAUGGAGGAGUUACACGAGCUGGUCUAAAAGGCAUCUCAGGUCCACCGGGUCCAUCGGGAAGCCCUGGUGUGCCUGGGAUUAAGGGCAUUGGUGGAGACCCAGGCACUGUGGGUGCACCAGGACUGCGAGGCCCUCCGGCUUUGGCUGGUCAGCAAGGUCUUCCAGGUGUUAAGGGAGAAAAAGGAGAUUCAUCCUACGCAACAGGCAGAGGUGCUCGUGGGGACCGUGGUGCAACAGCACCCCGAGGACCUUCAGGCAUCCCAGGAACCCCUGGCAGAGAUGGACUUCCAGGCUUGCCAGGCCCACCGGGCCCUCCAGUGAAAAAGGACUGCCAGGAUUACCUGGCUCCAAGGGCCAUCGUGGAGAAACUGGUUCUCCUGGCGUUGGAUAUCCAGGUCCCAGUGGAAUUCGUGGGCUUCCAGGUGACCCAGGAGUGGAUGGGUUUCCGGGACAAGCAGGUCUUCCAGGCCCUCCAG